AUGGCGAUCAAAAUCUUGACCGGCAUCGAGGAUACCCUCGCGCUCAUCCUCGAGUGCGGAUCCGAUCUGGCUCGCAUAGAAUCAACUCUCCUCCCUGCGCUGCGCAAGCUCUGCAAAAAUGCUUCUUCCGAUGGCGAGGCCUCCAAUGCUCGAAGUGCUGCUGGCUCGAGCCGCUCACAAGCUCCUACGGCCACGGAGACGGCGCUUUGCGCGCCAAUCCAAUCCAACCUCGACCCGCUUUCCGCCCUCGACCCAAGCGUCCAUUCGGUGGGCAUGCUAUACAUCCUCGCUGCAAGAGCGAAAGGCGCAACAAGCUCAACAGAGGGCGCAAUAGUCCUUCUCUCACACAUCACAGCAUUCGUACAGCGCUUUGACCCUGCCCAGGUCCAGCUCGCAGGCGACAGAAUCACACAGCUAGCAUCCACUUUUACCGCGCUCGGAGAUCAGGUGUCAGAACCGGAAACGGCUCUGCAGCUUUUGCAAGCGCUGGCGUCGAGGUUCUUGACCAGAUCAGAGAGCAUCACCACGCUUCAUCCGAUGCUGGCAUAUCAGUAUCUCAAGACAGCGCGCUAUGCAGAAGCAGCUACCAUGCUUCUCGAUCUGCCGCUCAUCGACGCCGACACUUCUCUCACACCUUUGACACACUCGGACGUACUGCAGUACUUUUACUACUCUGCACUCAUCUUCAUCAAGCUCGAUCGACUUCACGACGCAAUCGACGCUCUCGAGACAGUGAGUGACCUCGAUCUUUUCCUGAUGAAAUCUUGCGCUUUAGAUACACGACUGACUCGCUCGUUUGCUUGCUUGCUUGACCACAUUGCGACAUAUCAGUGCGUAUCCAGCCCGGCGGUAGCAGCAAGUGCGAUUCACAUGGACGCGUACAAGAAGCUUCUUCUGGUCCAGCUCCUCGCCAACGGCAAAACAUCGCGUUUGCCCAAAUACACCUCGCAAGCUGUCACGAGAAGCUACUCCAUGUUCAUGAGCCCCUACGACCAGUUCGUCUCAUUUUACGAGAGAAGAGGAGCAAAGUGGACCGACGAACUGCAUCGUCUGGCGGAGGACAGACAUGAUGCGUUCGAAAAGGACCGGAACGUCGGGCUCGUCCGGCGAUGCUUGGCGCUACAUCGACAGAGGAGAAUCCAGAGACUGGGAAAGGUGUAUAGUGCGUUGUCGUUGGGAGACAUUGCGCAAAAGAUAGGUGUGGAGGGAGAAGUUGCAGUGCAGGAGGUGUAUGGUGAUGUACAAGAGAUCGUCCGCAAGGGUUGGAUCCACGCGACGCUGUCACCACCGCCUUCGACAUCCUCUGCUGCUGCUGGUGUUGUCAAUGGCGACUGGGUUGUCAACUUCGACACAUUCGGCGGCGAGAGCUACACUUCAACUUCAUCCAUCUCUUUGCUCGAGGACAAGAUUCGAACCGCAAAACAGUGGCAGACGCUACUUCAACAGAGGGACAGGCAGAUCGAGAAGAGUCAUGCCUAUCUGACGAGGCUCGGCGAGAACAGCAUCUCGGCCGUGAGAAGAGAGACCCGUGUGGCCAGAUGCACAUUUCAACAGCUGCUGCACCUUGCAACUCGCGCUCGACCCGACUUUCUCCACAAUAUCGCGCCUCUUUCGUUCUCACACUCAUCUGCUUCGACAUCAACACAAGUGCGCACAACCUCUCGCCAAUGCAAGAUGGUGAAGCGAUCAGCGCAGUGCAAGUUUCCCGUGGCGAGGAUCAAAAAGAUCAUGCAGGCGGACGAGGAUGUCGGUAAAGUGGCACAGGCGACUCCGGUGUUGAUCUGUAAGUUGUCCCAGGACCGAGCCGACUAUAGCGAUCAUCGGCAAGCGAGAGCUUCACUGACACGUCUUCAUUUUGAUCGCGUGCAUAGCGAAAGCAUUGGAGCUCUUUAUGGCAAGCAUCGUCGAAGAGACGGUUAA